AUGCCCAGGGUGAUGUUCUUCAGAAUCCCUUGCCGUUGGGGGCGACCUGCUUGGCGCGAGGUGAGCAUCGGGUGGGAGGAGGGUGGUGGAGUGAGGGGGGGGGAGGGUGGUGGAGUGAGGGGGGGGGAGGGUGGUGGAGUGAGGGGGGGGAAGGGUGGUGGAGUGAGGGGGGGGGAGGGUGGUGGAGUGAGGGGGGGGGAGGGUGGUGGAGUGAGGGGGGGGGAGGGUGGUGGAGUGAGGGGGGGGGAGGGUGGUGGAGUGAGGGGGGGGGAGGGUGGUGGAGUGAGGGGGGGGGAGGGUGGUGGAGUGAGGGGGGGGGAGGGUGGUGGAGUGAGGGGGGGGGAGGGUGGUGGAGUGAGGGGGGGGGAUGGAGAGCAAUCACCCGAGGGUUCGGAGACCUCUCUACUCCCCACUGCUGCUGGUUGCUUAACCUAUUCCAGUCAGCUGUCGUCAGAGGAAUUCCUUCAGUGGGGUAGAUUGUCAUCAAUCGUGAUGGGUGCAGGAGCUACGAAUUCAUCGGAGGAAGUCAUAAAUCACUGGUCGUUGGAAAUGAUGGGGGUGUUGAACGACAUGAACAGUGCUAAAGCUGAUGCUAUGAAGGAUAUGGCACCUGGAGAUCGACGAGCAUGGAAGGUGUGCGAGGAGGGUCCGGAGCAUCGAGCCAUGGUGCGCAAGGGGCCGGAAGGGACGGAGGUGCACACGCUGCUGAUGGAGGGAAUCGUGAACGGACCCGUCGAAGCAGCCGUCGCCAUGACUCGCGAUGUCACCUUUUUCAAAGAAUGGUGGCCGCAGCAGAACAUGCCUGUGUACAAGGUGAUUGAGAACCGGUACCUGAAGCGAAUUGGCGACGGCUUCGACCUCACUUACAUGAGGUUCAGGACCCCUUGGCCGUUCCCCGGAAAGGAGUUCGCCUUCAUGCUCUUGAGUGUCUACGACGCCAACACCGGCAUGGUCACGACCGUCCUUCAGACGCCGCCAGAAGACAACACGCUGAUCAACCCAGCCAAGCACGGCUUCCCUCGAGAGGCUGUCCCGCCUGUGCCCUCGGGCGUGGUCCGCAUGGCCAUUAACGGUGGCUUUACCGUGAAGGACUUGGGAGAGAAUCGCUGCCACUAUCGGGGAAUCUUCACCGUCGAUCUCAAGAUGCCGCCCGCACUGGUCAAUUUCGUCACCAAAGGGUUUGGCGGGAUGCUGUUCACGGUGUUUAGCAAAGAGAUCGAAUCUGAUUUGGCGGAUAUCAAGGGCGGCAAGGGGAAGGCGUUCCGGAAGGUUCUGGAGGAGGAGCAGCUGUAUGUGCGGAUCAGAGAGGCCAUGUGCGAGCACCGUGCUCGCAAGGAGAAGCAGCGGGAGAGAGUUGGGGGAGGAAGCGGAGGAGGAGGAGCGGUGGCGGCAGCAGCAGGGAUGGGUGAUGAUGGUGAGGAGGAAGAAAGAUGGGAUGGAGGAGAGUCAGAGGCGUUUUAUUCUCCCGCCUCCUCCUUCUCCUCCUUCCAUGCGCACGCCCUCCCUCACCUCUCCCUCGACCAUGCCGCUGCCUCUGAACCACUCCACCCACACGCCACAGAAGGCACGCAUCUUCGUGAGGCGGCCCAAAUGCUGCCCUCACACGCCUCGGGAAUGCAGCGCCGCACCAGUGGUCCUCCUCGCUUCAGAUCUUCUAUCUCUAGGGGAAGGUCGGACGGCCCAGCAGCAACGAGAGCAGCAGCAGCGGCGGAGGCGGCAGAAGCAGAAGCAGGAGGUUCAGCAGGGUGGGUUGGCAGGGGCCGGUUUGGCUUCCGCAGCAGCAGGCGCAAGGCAGAGGAGAGAGCUCGCAAACUCACAGAAACCACUCCUCCCUUCUCGUCCUCUCUUCCCACGCCCUCUUCACCUGCUGCUUCCCUGGCCUCCUCCCUAUCCCAAGCUCGCCUUGAAGACCUGGGCCUGAUCCCUGUGGACUCUGCUUCUACAUCUUCUCACGAAGCAGCAAGCUACCAGCCCCACCACAGUGACCUGUGUCAGCAGCUGCAGCCUGGUGAUUUUGACAGAAUCGUGGCAGGAGGUGCUUCAGAAAGCAAGGGAGUGUUUGGCAGCAGUGGGAAGGGGAAUGUGGAGUUAGGAAGCAAGACAGGUGGCGGGCUGUUUGCAGCUAUGAUGACAAUGCGUGCGCAGAGGCAGCAUCAGCAGGAACAGCAGCGCCACAGUCACAGCCUCCCCCUAUGUGGUUGGAAUCUCCAGUUCACAUGA